GAUGCAGUCCGUGGUUUGGUAUGCUGUGCUGUUGGUUGCCGGGGUCUCAGCUGUGACUCCAGCGGCUGGUCCUCAAGUUUCACCUUGGAUUGACACUUCUUUGUGCGACCUCUCCGACUCCCUGAUGGUGUGCCAGCUGAAGAAGGGCCAGUGCUCUCCCGUGGGCUCCGUGUUCUCCCCCCCGGGCGGCCCCGUCAAGGCCAUCACCUCCUGCGCCAACACCACCGGCGUCGUCCUCGGCCCGCAGUUCUACCUUAACAUCGGCCUGGCGUUCGUGAUGGGCAGCCCUGAGAGCUUAGCCGACAAGACCUCCUCGGAUCCGAACACCGUCAUCGCCAUCCGCCGCUGCGCCCUCAACGCCACGGGUCUGCUGAACGCCGACAUGAUGACCCUGAACCGCACCGUCAUCGCAGCCUCCAUGUCCUCCGCCUUCAGCACCCCCGCCCUGGGCGCCGCCGUCGCCUCCGCCGUCGCCUCGUGCCCUGAACCCGUCGACUACAAGAUCACCGACUUCGUCACCUGCCUCAGGACCGCCUGCAUGGUAAACGUCUCCGCCACGUCGCUCAUGAAGAUGGCUACGGAGAUGACGAAGACCAUGACGGCUGCUCCUCCCACAGGGGCUCCUGCUUCUGCCUAGGUGUCCCUCUGGGACGUUCUUUUCCCUCGAACUAUCAACUGCCCUCUCUCGGCGUCUAUAUAACCUCAUACUGGUUAUCUAUCUAUCUAUGUUUCUCUAAGAGACAAGCGUCUUCGGGGUUGUCUCACUGUUAGGAAUAAUAACCCACGGAUGUUAAGUAAAGCAAGUUUUGGGAGCUUCCCCUUCAAAGCUCGAUACCACCUCGCAGUCAAAAAAAAAAAAAAAAAAAAAAAAAAAAAAAAAAAUCUACUCGAUAAUACUACAAGAAAUUGAUAGCUAAUGUCAAUGGAAAAUAUUGCAAUUCCGUGAAAAGAAAAGAAAUAAAAAAACGUAAUCACUUAUGGUGCCUUUUCUUUCUUAUGAUUACAUCCUAUCGGUAGGUUCAUUUAAUGUAGACACAUACAUACAUACACAGAUACAUACACAUAUACACAUAUAUGUAUACUCAU